AUGGUGGUCACAUGUGGACGUACACCACUUCAUGACGCUGCUAAGGGUGGUCACAGCGAUGUAGUAGCUCUACUCAUUCAGCACGGAGCUGAUCCCUGCAGUAUAGGCUGGUGUGGACGUACACCUCUUCACUACGCUGCUGGGGGUGGUCACAGCGAUGUAGCAACUCUACUUAUUCAGCACGGAGCUGAUCCCUGCAGUACAGACAGGUGGCGAUGUACACCUCUUCAUAACGCUGCUGAGGGUAGUCACAGCGAUGUAGCAGCUCUACUCAUUCAGCACGGAGCUGAUCCCUGCAGUACAGACUGUGGUGGACGUACACCUCUUUAUAACGCUGCUAAAGGUGGUCACAGUGAUGAAGCAGCUCUACUCUUUCAGCACGGAGCUGAUCCCUGCAGUACAGAUGGGCGUAAGCGUACACCUCUUCAUGAGGCUGCUAAUGGUGGUCACAACGAUGUAGCAGCUCUACUCAUGUUAUUUACUCAUCUUUUAAAGAUGGUUUUAUAUGAUAAACUUACCAGUACAUGUGUACCAGAGAGAAACCAGGUGUUGGCAACACUUUUAAAGAAAUUCGAGAAUCGACUAGUACAGAACUUCAUCCUCAUCAUGUCUUUGGAACAUGUUGCCAGUACAAUGAAUAUUGUUGAGGCUAGUACUCUUUUCAAAGAAGACAUGAGUCGCCAUUUCCCAAGAGAACGUCAUAACAAGAAGUUAGAAAUGUUGAGGAAUUGGGCAGACGCUUAUGGAAUUAAAUCUCUCCAAGAGUUAAAGAGGAGAUUGGCGGAGGCAGGUUGUCUAAACUUGGCUGCGGCGGCUGCAAAGCACUAUGCUGAGAUCGUCAAAGAGAUUAUGGAAAUGCCCGACGAAUGCUACCAAGCAUUUUGUCAAGAUCCCAUGUCACACCGACACAUGAUAUCAUCGGCGGCCUCUCCCACAGAACAGAGAUGUGAAAUUAGUAUGGAGACCGAGUCGUACCAAUACGAUGCAUUUCUGGUACAUAGUAGUGAUGACGGAAAGACCGUAGGAGGAGUGUGUGAGCAACUCGAGGCACGUGGUGUCCGUUGUUGUUACGCUCCACGUGACUUCACUUAUGGGAAGCCCAUCCCAGCAUCCACGGAAGACGCAUUUGAAAAAUCCAAAUUCAUCCUGGUGGUAUUUUCUGAAAACUUCAUGAAGAGCUCUUGGUGUCAGUACGAAAUGCACAUGGCGGUACAGAAGACGGUGGAUUCACGUCAGGACGUCGUCAUUCCAAUCCUGUUGGAUUUCCCAGAGGAGAACCUCCCGCUUGGGUUUAAAACCAUGAAAUAUAUUUCAGUUCGACAGCAUGACUUCUUACCCAAACUUGUUCAAACUAUUGAAGGCUCCGGCACCGAGCCUCUUUACGGCCAGCUUCUGCUCGAAAAUCAAACAUUGAAACUAGAGAAUGAAGUGCUGAAAGCGGAACUUGAAGACACGCGCCAACGAUUGGCAGAUUCCACCACUUUGGUCAAAAGACUUCAGGCGGCAAUGCCAGCGACAGGAGUUCCCAGUUAGAACAUACAGCUAGAAACGUGGUGCAGAAAACUUCUGUGGAUUAUGUGUGGAAUAAUUACGCUUAAAGUGUCCUCAGAUUUCUGUACUCAAUUUAACCUCAUUUGUGAUUUACAUAAUUCCCAGCUGCCUCUGUCUCUACAUGCAGCGCAGGUUCAUCAGCCCUAUAGAGCACGCAAUGCUGGUCAGCCGGAUCAUAGGGAAAUAUGUACAUGUGGUUCGAUCCUUGUACCUUAAGUUUUUCAGACACUUUGUUCGAAAGUUUGUCCAUAAAUCAAAGUAUGAUUUGGGGACGUUUUCAAGUUCGUACACUGCUGUUCCUUGGGCAACUGUGCAUUGGGUUCUAGUCUGAGACCGAUUUCACGCAAAACGAAAGUUAAGACGUCAUCUUCAACAUCAAAUUACAUGUACUAGUAGUUGUCUGACAUUGCCUAUGUAGCAAAGCUUGUAAGAUUAUAUUUUUAAUGGAGUAAUCGCUUUUGAUUUCCCUUUCCGCUUGGAUUAUUUUCAGCUUUUUAUUGAGAAUAUUUGAUUGUGUAUGUUGAUUUUAUCAUAAUAAUGAUAAAACAGUAAUUUACAGUAAUUGAGUAAAUUAAUUAUUUUGAUGUUUAGUCUCUUUAAAGACCACAUUAUUUGGAUUGGUCUAUAACUAUAUACGUUUUAUGGAUGUCAAUAAUGCAGGCUCAUUUGAUAUUGCCUUUUAGUUUAUAUUUAACCUCAUUUGUGAAUACAAGUUUAGUACGAGUCCAAAUGAAGUACAGUUGUUAGAUGU